AAGAAGCUUGCGGGCGAGGGUCGAGCGCUGGGAGCGCUGGGCGUGCCUGGCGUACGUCGCGACUGCUCCGGCGGCGGCGGUUUGCUGCUGUCUUGCUAUGGCGGCAAUGGUUGCAGAGGGGGGCAGCGUUGCUGCGGUUCCCGUAUCGAGCUCCCACAGCGAGCCGCUUGUAGGCGAAGGCACGGGAGCCGUGGGCGAUGAGAGGGACACGGGCACAAAAGGAGCGGAGGCCUUGGGGGACAGCGAGGAGGACGGGGAGGAUGUGUUCGAGGUGGAGAGAAUCCUGGACAUGAAGACCGAAGGGGGUAAAAUCCUUUACAAAGUUCGAUGGAAAGGAUAUACAUCAGAUGAUGAUACCUGGGAGCCUGAGGUUCAUCUUGAGGACUGUAAAGAAGUUCUUCUUGAAUUUAGGAAUAAAGUUGUGGAUAACAAAGCUAAACCAGUCAAGAAAGAGAUUCAGAGACUAUCCUUAAAUAAUGACAUAUUUGAGGCAAACUCUGAUAGUGAUCAGCAGAGUGAGACAAAAGAAGAUACUUCUCCAAAAAAGAAAAAGAAAAAAUUAAGGCAGAGAGAAGAGAAAAGCCCUGAUGAUCUGAAGAAGAAAAAAGCAAAGACUGGUAAACUAAAAGAGAAAUCGAAGCCAGACCUGGAGAGCUUUGAAAUUUCAGUUUUUGAUUUAAGGACAAAGAAAAGAAUUUCUGAAGCCAAAGAAGAAUUAAAGGAAUCCAAAAAGCCCAAAAAGGAUGAUAUAAAAGAAACUAAGGAAUUAAAGAAAAUUAAAAAGGGUGAAAUAAGAGAUUUUAAAAGUAAAAUAAAAGAAGAUUUCAAAGAAAACAGAAAAACAAAAAAAGACAAAUGUGUUGAAUUUCCAUUGGAAUCUGAAUCAGAUGUACUCAGUGACCCUCCCUUUCAUGAGGGGGACAGUGAGGAUGUACAGCCUGACAACAGAGAAGAGAAACUGAAGAUUAAAAGUGGAAAAGACAAAGCAGGGCCAGAUGGAGCUCAAGACGUUGUUCUAGAUAAACAGCUGGAUGGGUGUGGGAGUGCUGAUGAGGAUGCUGAUGUCAGAGGAAAGAGAAACAAAAAGAAACCCAGAAAGGCCGAGGAACUUAAAGAAAGCAAAAAGCUAGAAAACAAGAACCUUUCUUUAGAGAAGAAAAAUGCACAUAAAAAGCAAAGGAAUCAAGACAAAAGCAGAAAUACCACAGACUCAGAUAAUCUGACACAUGCAUCUUCCUAUACACAGAAGAGCUCAAGGCUGGGUGAGGAAGAGAGGGGCCUCUUAUCCACUGACUUGGCCAGGGAAGAAAAAGAGACCAAAAAAAAUGAACCCAAAGAAAAAUACCAGAAAAGGCAUGAUUUAGACAAGGAAGAAAAAGGCCGCAAAGAGCCAAAAGGAUUAAAGACAUUUAAGGAAAUUAGAAAUGCAUUUGAUUUCUUUAAAUUAACUCCAGAAGAAAAAAAUGAUUUUCCUGAGAAUAAUCAGAAAAGAGAAGAAAUACCACUGGAUUGUAAUUUCACAGAAGAUCACAAAGCUAAAGAAAACAAACAGGUACUUAAAGAAAGGAGAAACACAAGAGAUGAGACUGACACAUGGGCAUAUAUAGCUGCAGAGGGUGAUCAAGAAGUCCUCGAUGGUGCAUACCAAACAACUGAGAAUUCUGACAGCAGACAGCAGAUUUUGAGUCUGGGCAUGGACCUGCAACUGGAAUGGAUGAAAUUAGAAGAUUUUCAAAAGCAUCUAGAUGGGGAAGAUGAGAACUUUUCUGAAACAGUUGCCAUUCCUAGUACUUUGUUGAGGGAUGCUGUGAAAAAUGGGGAUUAUAUUACUGUGAAGAUUGCACUUAAUUCAAAUGAAGAAUAUAACCUGGACCAAGAGGAUUCAAGUGGGAUGACACUGUUGAUGCUGGCUGCAGCAGGAGGGCAGGAUGACCUGCUGAGGCUCCUCAUCAGAAAGGGAGCCAAAGUGAAUGGCAGACAGAAGAAUGGGACCACUGCACUCAUUCAUGCAGCUGAAAAGAACUUUUUAACUACAGUGGCUAUUCUUUUGGAAGCAGGAGCUUUUGUAAAUGUUCAACAGAGCAAUGGUGAGACUGCUUUAAUGAAGGCCUGUAAAAGAGGAAAUUCAGACAUUGUACGACUUGUCAUUGAAUGUGGAGCUGACUGCAAUAUUUUAUCAAAGCACCAAAAUAGCGCAAUGCAUUUUGCAAAGCAGUGUAACAACGUAUUGGUGUACGACUUGCUGAAGAAUCAUUUAGACACACUUUCAAGGGUAGCAGAAGAGACAAUAAAAGAUUACUUUGAAGCACGCCUUGCUCUACUAGAACCAGUUUUUCCAAUAGCAUGUCAUCGUCUCUGUGAAGGGCCAGAUUUUUCAAUGGAUUUCAAUUAUAAACCCCCACCGAACAUACCAGAAGGCUCUGGCAUCCUGCUGUUCAUUUUCCAUGCAAACUUUUUGGGUAAAGAUGUUAUUGCUCGGCUCUGUGGACCAUGUAGUGUACAAGCCGUAGUUUUAAAUGAUAAAUUUCAGCUACCUGUUUUUCUGGAUAGUCAUUUUGUUUACUCAUUCAACCCUGUUGCAGGCCUCAACAAACUCUUCAUAAGGUUAACAGAAGCACCCACCGCUAAGGUAAAACUGCUAAUAGGUGCGUACAGAGUGCAGCUACAAUGACCAAACAAUGAAUCAGGAUGGACUGGCUUUCAAACCUGUGCAUUGCUAAAUAUUCUGUUACAAGCAGUUUGGAAUUCUUGGCACUGCUAACACUUCCAGAUUUAAAGUUUCAUCUGUAAACCUCAUGCAGUUUAAGUCUCUUAAGAAUAGUGUGUUCUAUACAUCAUAAAAUACAGAAAUGUACGUCCUUUGUGCCAGUUUUCAAUAAUUAGUGUUGUGUCCAAACUGCGUAUUUCAGUUUUCCACAACGUGGAAUAGUACAUAGAGGGUCAAGAAAAUUUUUAGCUUGAAAUUUUCUACUACCCUAGGUGAAUCUGUGUCCCCAAGCAUGAAUUUGCCACCCUUGAAGUUUGAGGGAAGAGGUCUGAUCUAUUUCUAAUUUGCCCACACGUUCCAAGUUGGAGGUGACAACUUUGUAUGUUUCCAGUUAUCCCUUAUUUGAAGAGAAAAAGAAAGUAAGGAAUAGAAGAAAGUGUCCACCAAAACAAAGAUAUUCCCUUUUAGUGGCCCAAAAGGGAAUAUCCUUAUUUUGAACACUGGGAUGGUCAACUGAGCUAUGCCAGUGAGGCUCAUGUGGGGUUAUUGUUCCUACGGACUUUUCCAUAGGUCUGACUUUUGCAUUCUUUUAAGAAAUAUUUGGCAAACUAAUAAAUGAAACUCAGUAUGGACUAUGGAAAGGCAUAAAAUUUAUUUCUUGGUUAAUUUUAUGACUUCUAAUUUUAAUGAAAACGUUUCAGAAUAUCAUGUAUUAGAUCCAUCAUUGUUUACAAAUUAGAGAGCCAUUUUUACUUUACAUGCUAAAACUGCCCUUCUUGACAGUUUCCUCAAGAAAACACCACAGUGUUGGUCUUUCCAUUUUCUUUUGGUACCCACCUUGUUUUGAGAUGCAAUGUGUAUUAUAGAUUUUCAGCUAAAUGGUGGCUGGCGUUGGACUCCUUCAACUAGAUUGAAUUUUGUACUAGUACUGUAUGCAAAUUCAUAGCUUUCUAGAAAACAGUUAAUGAGAUUUGGGUUAGCAACAGUGCACAGAAAAGGAACACAUAUAAGAGAAAUGGGCUUUUUAAGAAAAUUUCCAUUAUGUCCAAAUCCUACCCUAAGAUAAUCCUACAACUGUACAAGAACAUAUUAAGUGAGCAUACACUAUUUGUCAGGAGGCAUGGCUUUCUAGGGUGGUAGAAAGCAAAUAGAGAAUCUGAGCACAAUUCCUUUAGGAGUUGAGGCAGAGAAAUAAGAAAGCUCUGUGAAGUCAGCAAGGGCAGAAUGUGAAAAUGGGCGAGUUAUUUUGACAAACAGGGAACAUAAAGGUUUAAAAUCAGUAAAACCUUGUCUGUGUCAGCUUCUACCUGCCUUGUGACAGGUAUGCUAGUAAACUGUGAACAGUGUGUAUUAGGAACAUGAGUCACACAGUUUUAAUACAGUUGUUUUGCUCAGAACUAGGGCUUCUCUAUAGCAGGUGAAGUACUUGUCCCUGAGUGGAAAGUGCUGAAAGUUCUGGUUUCUUAUAUGUACAAAGUGUGGAUAGUGAUUUCUCUGAAAAUCAAAGCAAUAUCCUUGUAUAAAAUAUGUAUGACACAGAACACAUACCUGAACUUAAUCUUGGACAUAAGCGAGCUCACGACUAAGCCAGUCAUCACAAAUGGGAGGCAUUACACUGUGGCCUGACUCCCUGAAAAGCAGUUAGUUCACAGCUUUUUGCUUCAGUUUUAUCUUGAAAAAGAAAAAGAAAAUCACUCCUCAGCCAUUACUCCUUUUCAGUACAUCAUACAUACGGACAUAUACUCAAGUUAAUCAGAUUAACUUCCUUACUGCACCAAUGUGGCUAUAAACAGCACAUUACAUUUGCAAUACCUCAUAACACUCACUAAAUGAUGAACUACAAUUAGAUGGGGGUUUGGUUUCAGUCCAGGAAUGUGAAAUUUUUCAAUUUCAUACAAUAUCUUCUCAAAUCACUCCCAUCUGAACUCUAAAUUUGUAGAAUUUAUUCAGGUGGGAUGUCAGGAGGUAGCAAUUUGAAACUCAGGUACUGCUUUGAGAACUUACUAUGAGAGGGCCUCAGAAAGCAUUUAUCAUGGAAGUCCAGUCUUUGAGUAAAAUCGGAAAGAAACAGAAAAGUACAAGGAGACGGCUCAGCACAGAGCAGAGAAGCAGAACACACAAGGUAGGGCAAAAGGAGGCUUAUCACUAGUGGUUCAUAGUGGAAAUGAUGCAGUGAAUAAUAACUACUAAUACAAGAAUAAAGUAGCAAGUGAAACAUGCUUUUGCCCAGCUCUAUAUACACCAAAAUAGCAGAGAGUGACUUAGGAAAUGAGAACUUUGAGAAUUUCAAUUUUCAUACAGUUAAUAUUGCAUAGCAUAAUACUGGUAAAACCCUGGAAUUAAAGUUCUAAAAUUUUAAAACUUUGCUCAGUUCAGAGGAUGAGUGAUGCGAUCCACCCUGUUUCUUCCAUCCUGUGCUGACCUGAAGGUACACUGCACCUUUCCCACCCAAUCUGGGAUCUCUAGGCCUGGCUUUUUGAUCUCCAUACGCAGGAGUCCUACUAGCAAUUAGGAAUUGUAAUGACAGUGAGGGUUCACAAUUCAAUCAGGAAAUAAUAAAACAAAACUGGGAAAUAGUUAUCUGUCCAUACCCCAGAGCUCCCACAAGACCCCUGGUUGGGAUCUAAACCUAAUAAUACCUGGCAUCAUUUCAACUUUUAAGAAUAUAAUUUCUAUUACUCUGCAACAUAUUAUCUCAGCCUUACUUAUAUGACCCAUUAUUUACUUUCCUUGGGCCAAGAUAAAUGCUUUAUAGCCAAAAUAGUUUUUCUCACAACAGUGCCAGAUUUUGUGAGUGGUCCAUUAUCUUGGGAACUGACCAAAAUUAGAGAUUGCAUGGGAUGGUGACCGUCCCUCCAAUGGUUCACUCUUAUUUGUAGGCUGCUACCCUAAUAUUUUCUAAGAUUAACCAGCAAGACCAUACAAAGAGUAGGUACAUAUCUUUAAAAUAAAACGAACUGGAAUAAAACAAACUGAGUGAAAAUGUAAUAUUUGUGCUAUUCCAGAUAUCUUUGAACCAGUCUGUGAGGCCUCCUUUUUUAAGUAUCAAGUGUUACUGCUCAUAUAUCCAUACACUACUUAUAUGGAGUAAUAAACUCAAAAAUGAAAUACAA